AUGGCCUGGGGCAAUCGACAGGAAGAGCCUCCAUCUCCAUCUCCUCCGCAGGAAUUGCUGGACAAGCCUGUAGUUCAGAAGAAGCUCCCCGCAAAGUUACAACAACUUGUCGAUCGCGAAGAAGAUUUUUACGAUGAUUUAUACUCUGGAUACUCUGUCAACUCUACAGAUACACCAUUCCGUUAUGCAGCAUACGCCAACCGAAUCCGCACAAUCUUAAUCUCCGCUCAUCGCUAUGUCGCCUACACCUCUGACAUCGGUGAAUCCUUCCGCCCAAUCGCGCACCCGUGGCUAGUGCGUUCCGCCUACGGAAUUUCCUGGAGUUACCUGAUAGGCGACGUCGGCCACGAAGGUUACAAAGCUUACCUACGAAACUGGAGAGCUCUCGCUCCCGCUGGCGACGCAUACAAAGAUGCCAGCGAACCUUCACAGGACCAGAUUAUCAAGGGUAUGGCAACUGGAAAUAUGACCAUCGGCAACCAGGGACCCAAGGAUGCGCUGAACUGGACUACGCCUGAGAUCCCGCUUGCAGAAGAUUAUCGUAUGGUCAUGGCUAAGCGUGCUGUGUUCCAAAGUAUCGCCAGUAUGGGUUUGCCUGCGUUCACAAUUCACAGUGUCGUGCGGUACUCUGGAAGAAUGGUGAAGGAUGUUAAGAUGGCAUUUAUUCGGACUUGGACGCCUAUUGGUUUGGGUCUCGCUGUUGUCCCCUUCCUUCCCUACAUCUUCGACCAUCCCGUCGACGAAGCUGUCGAAUGGGCAUUCCGCACUGGUCUGCGCGCUUACGGCGGAGAAGCAGCUGUCCGCCCUCUUCCGGGCAAGACUCUACCUCCCCGAGAAGAGGAGGAGGUUCGCGCUGCGGCCGCAGCCAAUCUUUCUUGGGAUGAGUAUAAAGCCGAGCGGGAGCGGGCACGCGAGCUACGUCGACAGUCCGGUGAACAAAACAGUGUAAUUUCAUCCCUGACGAGCUGGUUUGGAAAGUCUACUGAAGCAGAUGAGAAGAAGAAGAGCGAGUGA